AUGAGAUUCGGCAGGUCAAGGAGAUGUUAUCUUCUAAUCAGUUUUGGCAUUGUGCUAAUUCUUUUCUUUUUUUCCCACUGGAAAACAAUCAAGAUACUGGAUGAAAGUCAUGAAAAAACUGUCCUUUCCGUUAACGAGAAAGAACUUCAAAAAAGUGGAAGUGAAACGGACGAGAAAGCAAAUGGCAACAAAUGCGUAUUGGAAGAUGGCGUGCAAACAUUUGGUCACUGCAUAAAUAAAGGUAUGACUUAGGCUACAAAGCUUAGCUUUAAACACAGGCGGCCCAGACGUAGUAUGUGUCACUGAAUGAAUAUAUUAAUAUCCACAUGGACAAAUUAAUGCGAUGAGUCGUCGAAACUCCCUUGGACUAAAAUAGUCUAAAAGUCAAAAUAUAACAAAACAAAGCUAAGAUACCUUCAACUGAACGUAUCCUUGUCUCUCAACUAAAUGCCACUUAAACCGGCCAGGAAAGACAAGGAUACGUUCAGUUGAAGGUAUCUUAGCUUUGUUUGUUAUAUUUUGACUUUUAGACUAUUUUAGUCCAUGGGAGUUUCGACGACUCAUCGCAUUAAUUUGUCAAUGUAGAUAUUAAUAUAUUCAUUCAGUGACACAUACUACGUCUGGGCCGCCUAUGGUUAUAAUUAAUAUAUUAUUCUUUACUCACUAUCUAUGGGCACUGGAAUACUAGGUGAGGUGGUGGUGGUGAGGGGUGGGGUUGGGGGGGGGGGGUUUACUGGGGGGACCCUGGCAGGGAACCUUCAGCCUACCCUGUUCUUUACCAGGGGACAAAAAAAUUCCCUCCCCUUUCCCCAAAAAAAAUUGAGCCAGAAACUCAAAUCCUUCAUAGCACUGAUCAAUUUCCCAGUAAAAAAACAAACCCUAAUUUCAACCAAAACCAUUUUUGCAUAAAUAAUCGUGACGUGACGUGAGUUCAUACAUAUGCUAUUUCUAUCUUUUUUCCCCCGAGCUGGGGGACGGAAAUACAUGGGCGGGGGGUGGGGGGGGGGGGGGGGGUGGGGGGGGGGGGGUUUACUGGUGGGACCCUGGCAGGGAACCUUCAGCCUACCCUGUUCUAUACCAGGUGACAAAAAAAUUCCCUACCCUUUACCCAAAAAACAUUGAGCCAGAAACUCCAAUCCUUCAUAGCACUGAUCAAUUUCCCAUGAAAUAAUCAUACCCUAAUUUAGACCAAAAUCCUUUUUUUUCUACCUAGUAUCCCAUACUAAACUGUUUCACAAGGGCAGAUACCUACAUAGCUAUCCAUUAUAUCAGAAGUGCCUCCUUGCUUCCCUGGAAAAGUAGUCACCAUAAAGUGCUUUUAAUAUUAAUUUUGUAAGAAUACUGGUAGAUGUUGUACUAAAUUGAUGGUUACGUGGUCUUGCAUGUGAUUGCAUGGCUUUGACAGUUGACUCAAAGCUUUACCCCUCAUCAGCUAUUUGCCAGUAGAAAUAAACAAUUACCUUGUCUGUACAAGUGAAGGGUAAAAUGCCAACAAGUGACAUGACCUUGAAACAGCAACAUAAGACAGCAGAAAUGGUGACAAAUGAUACAAAGAUAGGUUGCAAUAAUGCAACAACAUCAGAGAAAAGUGCAAAGACAAUAUAUAGUAAAAUGGCUUUCUCCUCAAUAUGCGAAACGACAGGUUUUGAAAAUAAGAAAAUAAGACUAGGGACAUACAUAACCCCCCUAAGAGGGCCUUAAAAAAUAGCUGCCACAAGUUUUCAGUUUGUAGUGUUAACAAGAGAUUUGAUGCUGUUGAUGUUUUUGGACUUUCUUAACUAUCCUUUCUUCCUUGAUAUUCAAGAUGAAUACCUUGUGUUAGGCCACUCCAUUCAAAAGUAAACUCCUGAUCCAAAUUGUCCAUGCAUUAAACUACAAGGGAUUCUGUUACAGUUCUAUUAGCCUUGAUUUAUCUUUGAUUUUUGAUAAUAUUCUUAUGUAUUUAUAUUUACAGUUGUUUUAGGGGUUGCACCCUCUGACCUCCAAAAAUAUCAACCCAAUCCAAUGGGUUUGUUCACUUGUUUAGAUGGAGAGCUCAGUAUAAGCUGGAGUGCAGUUAAUGAUGAUUACUGUGACUGCAUUGAUGGUAGUGAUGAACCUGGAACAGGGGCUUGUCCAAACAUGAGGUGGGUCUUUACUAGAGUUCCUGUGGUCACUUAUCCCAGCCAUGUCACCCCACCCCCUCAAGAGAUGGGGUGUUGACGAGAACUGUGCUCUGUUUCAGAAAAUCUUACAACUCUCUACCUACCGGUACUCCUUCUUAAACAAUACAACAACUGUUAAUAAAACUCAGUUUGUUAAAAUAGCCUUUUCUUAUUAUUAACAGUGAUGUGGUGCUAUUUAUGUCAGAUAGUAACUUUAACUGAUUGAAAUAUUUUGUCUUGACUCUAUUGGCCUUAAUUAAGGGUGAACAGCAAAAUUAAUUACUGAUCACAAUUAUUUUACCCUGGGGAGCAAGGGAUGGUGCAGUGGUGAGAACACUGGCCUCCCACCUGUGUGACAUUGGUUCAAAUCCCGGCAUCAGCGCCAUAUGUGGGAUGAGUCACAGGAAAAAAUAACGGAUUCCCCUUUUUGGAUAUUUUAGGGUACUUAAAGAAUACCCAUAAAAAUCCCAAAUUUGGCAAAGUGAGACAAGUCCCAACGAGGGAAUUCCCAACUAAAUUCCCUGAUUGGGACUUGUCUCACUCUUCCAAAUUUGGGAUUUUUGUGGGUAUUCUUUAAAUACCCUAAAAUAUCCAAAAAUGGGAAUCUGUUAUUUUUUCCUGUGAGUUUGGUGUUGGUUCUCUCCUUUGCUCAGAAGUUCUCCAGUUUUCCCCUCUCCUCAUAAACCAGCAUUUCCAAAUUCCAAUUCAACCAGGAAUGGUAGACAAAGAACCACACUAGGUGGAUGUGCCAGACUCAUACCCAUUUGGUGAGAUGAGAAGAGAGAAGAUUGGAUGAUUUGAGUGGGGUGUGCAAGUAUUCACGGGAAGUGGCAAGAAGAAAAUAGACCCCCACAUGCCUCAACCUAAUCCUAAUCUUCUUGCACCCCAGAAACACAUAUUAAAUAGCGACUGGGUACAAGUCUGUGGUUGUGCUACCUCUAAAUGGUUAUUUAUUUGUUAAUUAUAUUACUCUUGUUUACUUUAGUUUUCUUUUUCAACAGAUUUUUCUGUUCCAGUCAACAGCAGUAUUUGCCCUCUUCACGUAUCAAUGAUGGGAUAUGCGACUGUUGUGAUGGGUCAGAUGAAUGGAAAAAACAGACAGUGAGGGGAGAUGUAUUGACAAAUCACAACUUUAACAUUAAAUAUGCCCCAUGUGUUAAUGGCUGUUAA